AAUUUCUCACAUUCUUAUUGCUAUUACAUUCAAUCUGUCCCCUGCGAUCUCCAAGUUUGGAUUUUGAAGCAUGGUUUACUCAUACACACCCACUUACUACUCAACCCUCCACGAUUCAAUCACCUCUUUGUGCAAAAACCUUCUUCCUUUCGGCUUCAAGAGGCGGCGUUUGCCGGCCUCCUCCUCCGAUUGCCGUCUGUCGAGGCUGCAAUCCGAUAAUCUUAAAUGGCAGCAAGACUCUUUCCACCAGAUGUUGAAUCUCAUGGGUCUUCACAGAGAAGGCAUCCUAGCUCAAAGUGAGGUGUCUGCAUUUUCAAAUCAUUUGCUUGAGACACUUAUUGCUUCUCAUCCUGAUCAAGACCAUCCCCUUAUACUCAGAGAUAAGCUGCUUUUCUUACAGGAACUGCUUUAUGCUAAAUGCAUAUCGGAAGAAGAUUAUUACGCUUCAAAGAGGCCAUUGACAGAGAGACUAUCAGUUCAAGGAGCUGAAAUAGAAGGAAGUGAUGUAAUCUCUGGAGGGUCAAGAGAUCCAAAAGAGAAAUGUUCAGAGCAAGAAUGGUCGGUCAUUGACUUGAAGGAUGAACAAUGCUUGAUGAACAAGGAGAAUUGUAAUUCCAAGAACAGGUCAAAGAUGAAAGGAGCUGCCUCUGUUUUUAGCUUUGGCUCUUCUCACAAACCCAGAAAGAACAAGACAGAAAAGAGCAUAUUUGAUUCACCAUCUUUGCAUUUGAAUUCAGCCCCACCAAAAUUCUCUUGCUCUGUCUUCAAAAAUGAAUUUGGGUAUUCCAAGGAGAACCCCUUCUGGAUUGGCGAGUCGAAGAGCCCUAAAAGUGGAGACAAGUCGAAGAGGAAGCCGUUUAGGAUUCUGUUUCGGCGGGAGCAUAGGGAGGGUCAUAGUGCUGAGGAAACACAGGAAAGAACAGACAGAUCAACUAAAAAGCAAGGGUUUAGGAAAUGGAAGAAUAAUGAUUCUGACGAUGAGACAGCUCCAUUGCCUCUGAAUGAGAGAUCCGACAGUGAUACCUAUUUAGCCUCUUCACAGCUUCUUGUUACAAGAUUGCCGGGGGAAGACCUUGACGCCAAGAUUAUCAACAAGACUCUGCAUUCUGAUAUUUUCAUUGAUAAGGUUUCUGGAGACAACAUCAAGAAGGAGCUGUCAAUAAUCCAAACAGAACACAGCGCCACAAACCCACAUCAGAAAUUCUCUAAUUUUACAAGGUGUGACGGGUGUGGAGAUGGUGUGUUGCAAUCCAAAAACACAGAAAAUAUGUACAACAACAAUACAACAGCAAAACACAAUUAUUCAUUGCAAUGGACAACGUUUGAAGAUGAUGAAAACCUCCACCCAAAUCUUUUUGUUCAUCAGGAUAAUUCAUUUCACAGAAGCAGCAUCAACCCAUUUUCUCAGUGAAAGGGAAGAGACGAGAGUUCAGGGAAAACGAAGGCAUGUAUUUGAUACAUGACCAAGGCAUUCAAGACAAGCAAAGUUCUUUAGAAAUGAAGGCUUUUGUAAUUACUUUGAUAUAUGUAUCUGAUAAUAUGUUGAGAUGCAAUAGCGCAUCAUCUGGUAAAACUAAAUUGAAUUGGGGUUGUGCCAAACACGUAUAAAUGUACAUGGCCUUUAUUUUGGAAA